AUGAGGGUCACCAUCAAGAAAUGGAGCGCGGUCGCCACCUGGCAAUGGGACAUAUCCGAGGACGACGUCUGCGGUAUCUGCCAGGUGCAUUUCGACGGCACAUGCCCUACGUGUAAAUAUCCUGGCGACGACUGCAGCCUCCUCUCUGGCAAAUGCGGCCACAAUUUCCACAUGCACUGCAUCAUGGAAUGGAUCAAGCAGGAGUCCGCCAAGGGACAGUGUCCCAUGUGCCGCCAGACCUUCGAAUGGGUUGGCCAGCACGCCGAAGGCCCUGAGCACGUUGACUGA